AUGCGCGACAAAUUGCAUCUGGCCCUCAUGGGGGUUCUGGGCCCAGAGUUUCUGCUCAUGGUCACUCUGGGAGAAUGGUCAUCCGCACGGGCGUCUGUCAAGGGGUUUCACGAAUUGGGCCACCACAACUGGAGUAUUGUGCAUGGGUUCUACGCCGAUAUGGGAGGUUUCGUUCUCGAAGGACCAGGCAUCAAGACUCCCUUUCCGGUCGACGGGCGGCAGUUAUUGUUUCUCAUACGCAAGGAUUAUGUGCGCUAUCCGGAUCUUGCGAGAGAGGAUAUUUCUGACCGAAAUAAAUCCGAUGGCCUCGCUCGUUGCAUUGCGAUCUUCCAGGCGCUAUGGAUGGUAGUCAACAGCCUGGUGCGAGUGGCACAGGGUCUUGCCCUUACGACUAUCGAGCUUACCACGCUGUCAUUCAUAUUGGUCUUCCUAAUUACUUCUUUUUGCUGGUACUUUAAGCCGCUGGGUAUCACGACACGAGUCACCUUACAACUCGAGACUCAUCUUGACAAAAUCCUGAUAGAGAAUGGCCACUCGCUGCAAGAAACAUGGUACUGCACGCCAUUAGACUUCCUCCAUGAGGAGGCCCAUGCCUGCGAGCGCUUUUGGCGUUACUACACGUGCAUCACUCAGCGACUGCAUUGGCCCAUUUUCUCUCGGUCGGUAAAGACGAUCCCUUACAACCGUAUUCCGAGCGACCGCUUUCUAGUUCUCGACUUUACCGCAGAAAUUCUUGGGGCGCCAAUUAUUGUCUCUUUUGGGUGCAUCUUCAUGUUCGCGUGGAACUUUUCAUUCCCGUCGGCUGCAGAGAAGGUUCUUUGGCGUAUAGCUAUUGGUCGGCUCGUCGACGGGGAGGUUUGCCAUCUGCGGUGGGAGGAUCGCGCGAGUUACCUGAACGUCUGCGGAAUAUUCAUCGGCCUCGGAAUCCUCGUCUGGACAUCCCGCUAA